AAUUAUCAUAAUCAUAAGUGUCUCGAUCGUCGGAGAAUCAAGAAGUGUAGUCUUAAAAUAUCAAAAUAAGAAUAAAAAAUCAAUUUAAAAAUUUCACUAAGGCUUGUGAAGCCUUAGAGAGAAAAAAAAGAAAACUCUUCACAAAAUAAAAAUACAGCUUUUAUUUGGUUUAUUUAUCAUUAUAUUAAAUAAUUAUUAAAGAUGUCAGACUCAAAAGCACCAGUAAGAACUGUAAAAAGAGUUCAGUUUGGAAUUUUAUCACCUGAUGAAAUUCGACGAAUGUCUGUAACUGAAGGAGGAAUUCAAUUUCCCGAAACAAUGGAAGGGGGACGACCAAAACUCGGUGGAUUAAUGGAUCCUCGUCAAGGUGUCAUUGAUAGGAAUUCCCGUUGUCAAACAUGUGCAGGAAAUCUUACAGAAUGUCCGGGACAUUUCGGUCACAUCGACUUAUCAAAGCCUGUCUUUCACGUUGGUUUUCUCACCAAAACGAUCAAAGUUUUGCGAUGUGUUUGUUUCUAUUGCUCAAAGAUGCUCGUCAGUCCCAACAAUCCAAAGAUUAAAGAAGUUGUAAUUAAGUCGAAAGGACAACCUCGUAAACGUCUCGCUUAUGUUUAUGAUCUUUGCAAAGGUAAAAAUAUUUGUGAAGGUGGUGAAGACAUGGAUUUAACAAAGGACGGUCAACAACCCGAUCCUGGCAAGAAAAUGGGUCACGGAGGAUGCGGUAAUCAUCAGCCAUCCAUUCGACGUUCAGGACUUGAAUUGACUGCUGAAUGGAAGCAUUUGAAUGAAGAAACACAAGAGAAGAAGAUUAUUGUCACUGCUGAACGUGUUCAAGAGAUCCUCAAACACAUAACCGAUGAAGAAUGCUACAUUCUUGGAAUGGAUCCGAAAUUUGCUCGUCCUGAUUGGAUGAUUGUCAGUGUUCUGCCAGUUCCUCCUCUCCCUGUUCGACCAGCUGUUGUCAUGUUCGGAGCCACCAAGAAUCAAGACGAUUUAACUCACAAACUCGCUGAUAUCAUCAAAUCAAACAAUGAAUUGAAGAAGAAUGAAGCGUCAGGAGCAGCUGCUCAUGUCAUUGCUGAAAAUAUUAAAAUGUUGCAGUAUCAUGUUGCAACAUUUGUUGAUAAUGACAUGCCUGGGAUGCCGCGAGCUAUGCAGAAAUCUGGAAAGCCUUUGAAGGCUCUUAAAGCUCGAUUGAAGGGAAAGGAGGGAAGAAUUCGUGGAAAUUUGAUGGGAAAACGUGUUGACUUCUCAGCUCGUACUGUCAUUACGCCAGAUCCAAACCUUCGUAUCGAUCAAGUUGGCGUUCCACGAUCCAUUGCACAAAAUUUAACUUUUCCUGAACUCGUCACGCCAUUCAACAUUGACAGAAUGCAAGAACUUGUUCGACGUGGUAAUUCACAAUAUCCUGGAGCCAAAUAUAUCAUUCGUGACAAUGGCGAACGAAUCGAUUUACGAUUCCAUCCAAAACCAUCGGAUUUACAUCUUCAAUGUGGUUAUAAAGUCGAACGUCAUUUACGUGAUGAUGAUUUGGUCAUUUUCAAUCGUCAACCGACAUUGCAUAAGAUGAGUAUGAUGGGACAUCGUGUAAAAGUUCUUCCCUGGUCAACAUUUCGUAUGAAUCUCAGUUGUACAUCGCCUUACAAUGCUGAUUUUGAUGGUGACGAAAUGAAUCUUCAUGUUCCACAAUCGAUGGAAACUCGAGCUGAAGUUGAAAACAUUCACAUAACGCCUCGACAAAUUAUCACGCCACAAGCUAACAAACCUGUCAUGGGAAUUGUACAAGAUACUUUAACAGCUGUAAGAAAGAUGACAAAACGUGAUGUUUUCAUUGAGAAAGAACAAAUGAUGAAUUUAUUGAUGUUCUUACCAACAUGGGAUGGGAAAAUGCCACAACCAUGCAUUUUAAAACCGAAGCCAUUAUGGACUGGAAAACAAUUAUUUUCACUUAUCAUACCAGGGAAUGUCAAUUUGAUACGAACACAUUCAACACAUCCAGAUGAAGAAGACGAUGGUCCAUACAAAUGGAUUUCUCCAGGUGACACCAAAGUAAUGGUCGAACAUGGUGAACUGAUAAUGGGAAUUUUAUGUAAGAAAACACUUGGAACGUCAGCUGGAUCAUUGCUGCAUAUUGUUUUCCUUGAACUUGGACAUGAAAUUGCUGGGAGAUUCUAUGGAAAUAUUCAAACUGUCAUCAAUAAUUGGUUGCUUUUGGAGGGUCAUAGCAUUGGUAUUGGUGAUACAAUUGCUGAUCCCCAAACAUAUCAAGAAAUUCAGAAAGCUAUUCGUAAAGCUAAGGAAGAUGUUAUUGGCGUGAUUCAGAAGGCACAUAACAUGGAACUUGAACCAACACCUGGUAAUACAUUGCGACAAACAUUUGAGAAUCAAGUCAAUCGUAUUUUGAACGACGCUCGUGAUAAAACUGGUGGAUCUGCAAAGAAAUCUUUAACAGAAUAUAAUAAUUUAAAGGCGAUGGUGGUUUCGGGUUCGAAGGGAUCAAAUAUUAACAUUUCUCAAGUUAUUGCUUGUGUCGGUCAACAGAAUGUUGAAGGAAAGCGAAUUCCAUUUGGUUUUCGUAAACGAACAUUACCACAUUUUAUUAAAGACGAUUAUGGUCCGGAAUCUCGUGGUUUUGUUGAGAAUUCUUAUCUUGCUGGCUUAACACCGUCCGAGUUUUAUUUUCAUGCGAUGGGAGGUCGUGAAGGUCUCAUUGAUACCGCUGUUAAAACUGCUGAAACUGGUUACAUUCAACGUCGUCUUAUCAAAGCUAUGGAGUCGGUUAUGAUUCAUUACGAUGGAACUGUAAGAAACUCUGUUGGGCAACUUAUUCAGCUUCGUUAUGGCGAAGACGGUUUGUGUGGUGAAGGCGUCGAGUUUCAAAAUCUUCCCACAAUUAAAUUAUCAAACAAAGCAUUUGAGAAGCGUUUCCGUUUUGAUCCAACAAAUGAACGACAUUUAAAGAAACUUUUCACUGAAGAUGUUGUCAAGACGUUAACCGAAUCUGGAUAUGCAAUACAAGAUUUGGAAAGUGAAUGGGAACAAUUAUCGAAAGAUCGAAGCACAUUAAGAGAAAUCUUUCCAAAUGGCGAAAGUAAAGUUGUGUUGCCUUGCAAUCUUAAUCGAAUGAUUUGGAAUGUUCAGAAAAUUUUCCACAUUAACAAACGUGCGCCAACUGAUUUAAGUCCGACACAAGUCAUUAAAGGAGUGAAAGAUUUACUCAGCAAAUGUGUGAUUGUAGCUGGAAGUGAUCGAUUAUCAAAGCAAGCAAAUGAAAAUGCAACAUUAUUGUUCCAAUGUCUUGUUCGAUCAACAUUAUGUACAAAAUAUGUUGCUGAAGAGCAUCGAUUGAACACAGAAGCUUUUGAAUGGUUGAUUGGAGAAAUUGAGACGCGUUUCCAACAAGCGCAAGUUAAUCCUGGUGAGAUGGUUGGUGCGUUAGCUGCACAAUCACUUGGUGAACCAGCAACACAGAUGACACUCAAUACUUUCCAUUUUGCUGGUGUAUCAUCAAAGAACGUCACAUUGGGUGUGCCGCGAUUGAAGGAAAUCAUCAACAUUUCGAAGAAACCAAAAGCUCCAUCACUUACUGUCUUCUUAACUGGUGGUGCAGCUCGUGAUGCUGAGAAAGCUAAAAAUGUUUUAUGUCGUCUUGAACAUACAACAUUGCGGAAAGUAACAGCAAAUACAGCAAUUUAUUAUGAUCCAGAUCCACAACGAACAGUGAUUGCUGAGGAUCAAGAGUUUGUCAACAUUUACUAUGAAAUGCCAGAUUUUGAUCCAACAAAAAUCUCACCAUGGCUUUUACGUAUCGAACUUGAUCGUAAGCGAAUGACUGAUAAGAAGUUGACAAUGGAACAAAUCGCCGAGAAAAUUAACGCUGGGUUUGGUGAUGAUUUGAAUUGUAUCUUCAACGAUGACAACUCUGAAAAGCUGGUAUUGCGUAUUAGAAUCAUGAACAAAGGUGACAAUAAAUUUGGAAUGGAUGGUGAAGAAGACAUGGAAAAGAUGGAAGAAGACAUGUUCUUGAGAUGUAUCGAAUCAAAUAUGUUGUCGGAAUUGACACUUCAAGGCAUUGAAGCGAUUGGAAAAGUUUACAUGCAUUUACCACAAACAGACGCAAAGAAACGAAUUGUCAUCACUGAAUCUGGUGAAUUUAAAGCUAUCGGCGAAUGGCUUCUUGAAACAGAUGGAACAUCAAUGAUGAAAGUUUUAAGUGAACGUGAUGUCGAUCCAGUUCGAACAUUUAGUAACGAUAUUUGUGAGAUUUUCAGUGUUUUGGGAAUUGAAGCUGUUCGAAAGUCUGUUGAGAAGGAAAUGAAUGCAGUUUUGCAAUUCUACGGAUUGUACGUCAAUUAUCGCCACUUGGCUUUGCUUUGUGAUGUUAUGACAGCUAAAGGACAUUUAAUGGCAAUCACACGUCACGGAAUUAAUCGACAAGACACUGGCGCACUCAUGAGAUGUUCGUUCGAAGAAACUGUUGAUGUGUUGAUGGAUGCAGCAAGUCAUGCUGAAGUUGAUCCUAUGAGAGGCGUUUCUGAGAAUAUUAUCAUGGGACAAUUGCCUCGAAUGGGCACAGGAUGUUUCGAUCUCUUGUUAGACGCUGAUAAGUGUAAAGAUGGAAUGGAAAUUCCGCACACAAGCAUCAUGGGAACGACAGGAAUGUUCUUCGGACCAGGAACAACUCCAAGUAUGAGUCCAUCAAUGACUCCAUGGCAAAACGGUACACCAGCUUAUGGUCCUGAAUGGUCACCAUCGGGGCCUGUAAGUGGAAUGACUCCAGGUGGGCCGAACUUCUCUCCAUCAGCACAAUCAGAUGCUUCAGGGAUGUCACCAGGAUGGUCACCAAAUCCAGGAUCUCCAAGCUCUCCUGGUGGAAUGUCGCCAUACUUCCAAAGUUCGCCAUCAGCAUCGCCUGCUUAUUCGCCGAAUAGUCCGAACUUUGCACCUGGUGCUUCAGUUAGUCCAAGUUACUCACCAACAAGUCCAUCUUACAGCCCAACAAGCACAAUUUAUUCUCCAAGUUCACCUCAUUAUUUGCCUACAUCUCCAAAUUACAAUUCAGUCGCUUCACCGCAUUACUCACCCAAUUCACCGUACUCUCCAUCAUCACCUUCUUACAGCCCAACAAGUCCCAAAAUGCAAGAUUCAAGUCCAAGAUACGCUGCUUCGUAUUCACCGACAAGUCCCUACUCGCCUACGUCGCCUUCUUACAGUCCCAUGUCGCCAGUUUAUUCACCAACAAGUCCACAUUAUUCUCCAUCAAGUCCAAACUAUCCAGCAACUUCACCGCAUUAUCCAUCGACAACACCAAGCUACAGCCCAUCGAGCCCCAAAUACACGCCAACGACUCCACUUUAUUCACCGUCGAGUCCAAGUUAUCCAACGCCGCAUUAUUCGCCGAGUUCACCUUCGUUCUCGCCUAGUUCGACUAAAUACAGCCCGUCGAGUCCAAGCUAUAGUCCAACGUCACCAUCUUCACAUUGUGCAUCGCCUCAAUACACGCCACAAAGUCCACCGAGUUAUUAUUCGCCUACAAGUCCAACUUAUCCGAGUUCACCUGGUGGUCCUGGUUAUAGUCCAACUUACAGCCCACACAGCACGAAAUAUUCGCCAACAAGUCCUGUUUAUAGUCCAACUUCGCCUGUUUAUCCUGAAGAAGAUCCAGAGCCAAGUCCAUCUUAUACAAGCCCAGCUGCUAGUAGUCCCGAAGAAGAACAACAGCAGCAAGAUAAAUAUGGUAAAAGAUGGUAAAUUAUGAAGGCGAUGCAAUCUUCAAAAGUUGUUCAUCAAAGUUAAAAUAGAUUUUUUGAAUUUUCAUUUAUUUUUCUUUUUAAUCUUUUUUUUUCUUAUAAAUCUUAAAUCGUUACAAAACUUUCUUCUUCAUCAUCUUUUUCUUCAUGAAUACAUUAGUUGUGUAAGAAAAAUGACAUUAAAUAAAUAUUUAAGGACUUUCAAAUAAAUAUUAAAAGAGAAAAUGAAUAAAAA